AUGGCACUUAGGCAUGUAUUGUCGUUUGACCGGAAAAGAAAGAAAUACCGCGGUGGUUGUUACAGCAUUCUAGCACCUUUAAAAGCUGCACCUGGACUCCCUUCGGGUAAUAGGCUUCUUGAUAUACAAGAACACCCGAUGAUAGAGACUUCAAGAUACAUGUUGCAUGCGAUACUCUUCAUAUCAGGAGUAGCUGCAUGGAAUGACUGGGAUGACUGGGACCCCAUGGCAGGACUGCAGAAAGAAUGUUCUGCUCCGAAAAUUCCCAGUGGAGUAGAAAUAGACAACAAAGGCCCUUAUCCAAAUGGUGCUACUAUAAACGUAAAGUGUCAAGGAAAAGGCUACAUACUGGGACCAUCAUCAAUGACUUGCGUCUUCGGUAACUGGGCACCCAACUUCUUUGGUCAAUGCAGCCAUGGACCGGGUUAUUCCUGCACGGCUCCUCAAGCACCAGAAGGAGCACAUUUGAGCCGACAAGGCCCGUUUGGUAAUGGUGAUAGCGUUGAAGCCAUUUGCGAUAAAGGCGGUUAUAUAAUAGGUGUGUCAUCAAUGACAUGCGUCAUGGGAUCAUGGGCACCAUCUUUCUUCGGCGAAUGCAGUGAUGGAAGGAAAUAUUCUUGUGAAGUGCCCAAGGCUAAGUCCGGCAUGAGUCUUGACAAGCAAGGAGUGGUUCCAAGCGACGAAACCGUAACAGCAACUUGCACUGAGAACAUGAAAGUGCUUGCUGGAAUCAAGUCAAUGACUUGCGUUCUCGGACAUUGGGCUCCAAAUGUGCUUGGAAAUUGUGUUGAUAUCAGUGGGCUGGGCAGCGUCGUGUAUAGUGACGGAAAGGAGAAUGUUAUUGUGAAGUAUCAUGAGUAUACUAAUGUGUCCGAUCUUGGUAAUGGGGAACUGCUCAUAAAAUACUCAAGCGGUGGUUAUGGUAUCGAAAAAGUCAAGGGAUAUAAAGGAGUGCCUAGUAGCGAAGAACAUCGAUGGAGUAUCGUGAACGGGAUGAUAGAAAGAGAUGGUACAAUUAUUCCAAGCGUAGGAUACAGUCGCGGCACAGUGAAGUUGAGCGGAUACGAGAAAAUCGACCAAAAUAGCGGAAUAAGCAACAUUUCUGGUCCUACAGGAGUCAAUAUUAUCAAUGACAUUGUCUACAUCAAUGGUGUCCCAGUGGCACGAAGAAUUAAUGGUGGAAGCGGAGAUGUAUCAAUAAACAACGUGGCUGGAACUGGUUUUAAUGUUGAUGGUGAUUUUUGGUGACGAAAGUAUUAAGAAAUACAAGACUGUGU